AUGGCCCAUGAUAUACUAAAUGUUCCUAUUUCUACAGUUGCUUCGGAAACAACUUUUAGUGCAGGUGAACGGGUGCUGAGCGAUUACCAGAGCAGGCUUUCACCGCAAAUGGUUGAGGCACAGAUGAUAUCCAGAGAUCAUAUGCAUAUGCUUACAAGAAGACAAAAUUAUAUCAUUGGGAAGCCUGACUUGGCCCUAGCUGCAUGGGUUAGAAGGCUCAUUACGCUAUGUAAUCAAGCUCCUGCAACCCUGCUUGAUGCCAUCCAAGCUGUGCUUGAAAAUGAGUUGGGUCAAUGUGUUGAUGAAUUGUUCGAAAGAUUUGAUGCUGAUCCUAUUGGUUCUGCUUCAAUUGCACAGAUGCAUCGAGCAAGAUUAAAAGGUGAUAAAACUGAUGUUGUAGUCAAGGUGCAACAUCCUGGCGUUCAGGAUUUGAUGAUGACAGAUAUCAAAUUUGAUCUCCACUCUAUAGCUAAGGAAAUGGAGAAACAUAUUGGGUUUGAAUUUGACUUCAAGACUGAGAUUGCAAAAUCUCAACAUUAUGAAUUACCUACCUCGUUCUUCAAACUUGUUCUUGGAAAGCAACUCAAAUACAGCUGUGGUCUCUUUAUUGAUGCAUCAAAGACCUUAGAGGAUGCUGAGAAAGGGCGGUUUGGGGUCGUGAUAGUAAUGUUAGAGUUGUACUGUGAGAGGGCACAGAUAAAAGAUGGCCACUCUGUUCUCGAUGUUGGAUGUGGGUGGGGAUCACUUUCUUUGUGCAUUGCACAGAAGUAUAGUAAUUGCAAGGUUAUAGGGUUUUGCAACUCAACGACGCAGAGAGCAUAUAUUGAGGAGCAGGAUCUUCAGCUUCAAAAUUUGGAGGUCAUUGUUGCAGAUAUUGGCACAUUUGAUAUGGAUGCAUCCUAUAGCAGAAUAUUUUCCAUUGAAAUGCUUGAGCAUAUGAAAAACUACAUGGAUCUCCUUAAGAAGAUAUCCAAGUGGAUGAAACCAGAUAACCCUUUUGUACAUCAUUUCUGCCAUAAAGCAUUUGCUCAUCACUUUGAGGAUGUCAAUGAAGAUGACUGGAUUACUAGGACUUCUUCGUUGGAGCUAUGA